UUCGCCUAGUGUUCCAGUGAAGACGGUAGUGAGGUUCGGUGAGAGAAAUAAAAUUCUGUAUUCCACGGUAUAACUGCAUGAAAAAGCGUUAAAAAUGACUUCAAAAUACAAGGACAAGGAUCGUGGCCGGGACCGCGAUGGAGAAUCGAGCCAUUCGUUGGGAAAAGGACGCGACCGAGACCGCGAAUGGAAAAGAUCUCGUUCGGGAAGCCGUCACCGGGAACAUAGGGACCGCGAACGUACCCGUGGCCACGAGCGUGACCGUAACCGUGACCGAGACGGUCAUCGGCGGCGCAGCCGGAGUAAAUCGAAGGAACGUCGUCGUCGCAGCCGCUCUCGCAGCCGUGACCGCAGGCGUUCCCGCGAUCGGGGCUAUGACCGGGGAGGAAGUCGUGCCUCGGAUCGGGGAUCAACGCGUGGACAUACCGAGAGCCGGGACAAUGAUAAUAGCGGGUACGAUUACAAGGGAUUGGAGUUUACGCAAAGUGUGAUCGAGUCGAUGAUGUCAACGGCGGCGAAUGCCAAGAGUUUUGCCGAGUUACUGAACAGUUACAACACGCAGCAGCAAAUUCAGCAACAGCAGCAACAGAUUCAGGCCCAGAAGGCACUGCUGGAAGCACAUAAUGAAAAUAGUCAGUCAUCGGAUCUUGGCAGAGGUUAUGGUCCCGGAGGUAGCGGUAACAAUAGUGGCAGCGAAGCUGACAGCCGACGGAGAAAGAAGAAAUCUCGCUGGGCUGGUGGUGAUCACGAUAAAACCUUCAUUCCGGGGAUGCCCACUAUACUGCCAGCAGGAAUGACACAGGACCAACAGGAAGCUUAUUUAGUUCAGCUACAGAUUGAGGAGAUCAGCCGGAAGCUUCGCACAGGGGAUCUGAUGAUACCGCAGAAUCCGGAAGAAAGAUCGCCCUCUCCGGAACCUAUUUAUAGUAGCGAUGGCAAGCGACUGAAUACCCGCGAGUUUCGAACUAGGAAAAAGCUCGAGGAGCAGCGCCAUCAGCUGAUCCAACGCAUGCAAUGCAUGAAUCCGGAGUUCAAGCCACCAUCGGAUUACAAACCACCAGUGAUUCGUGUCAGCGACAAGGUGCUUAUCCCGCAGGAAGAACACCCGGACAUCAAUUUCGUAGGGCUGCUCAUUGGACCGCGUGGAAACACCCUUAAAGCGAUGGAGAAGGACACCGGAGCGAAAAUCAUUAUUCGUGGAAAGGGUUCCGUUAAGGAGGGCAAAGUUGGCCGCAAGGACGGUCAACCGCUGCCUGGGGAGGACGAACCGCUGCAUGCCUUUAUCACAGCUAGCAAUCCGGAAGCGGUAAAGAAGGCGGUCGACCGUAUUAAGGAUGUCAUUCGACAGGGAAUAGAGGUUCCGGAGGGUCACAACGAUUUGCGUCGGAUGCAGUUGCGAGAGUUGGCGCAGCUCAAUGGAACUCUGCGCGAAACCGACGGUCCGCGUUGUACCAACUGUGGCUCAAACGAACACAAAAGUUGGCUCUGUCCAGAUAAACCAAAUGUUACGAACAAUAUUGUGUGCUCGUCCUGCGGCGGGGCUGGCCACAUUGCUAAGGAUUGUCGCAGCAAGCGGCCGGGACUGGGUGGUCCACCGGCCAAUGACAACCAAGCUAAGAUCGACGAAGAGUACUUGAGUUUGAUGGCCGAGCUGGGUGAAGGUCCACCACCGGAUACAACCAACCAAUCAAGCUCCACCCACACCAGACCAUCUUACGGACUCUUCGAGCCAAGACAAGCUCCCAGACCACUGAUGCAAGCACAGGCUCCCCCUAUACCGACUACUUCGGCCCCAAUGCCACAUCCGAUGGCUCAAUGGAGCCAUCCGGCCUUGGCUCCAGUCCCAGGACCUCCUCCGCCACCACCGCAAAUGAUGGGAUCCUGGGGUCAGCAACCACCGCCACCGGGUGGUGCGAGUCCCGAACUGAUGCCCCCUGGAACCGCACCGCUUCCACGGUUCCCACAAAGCUAUCCUCCACCACCGCCGGGAAUUUCCCAGCAACCUCUAGCACCCGGGACGGGACCCGUUUCGGUACCCUCCUGGGGUGGAAGCAAUGGUUCAGCAGUGGCUCCUCCACUGAUGCCGCCAGGAUCGUGGCAGCCACCGGGCGGAGCUCCGGGCACUGGUCACCUCCCACCGCCCCCGAUGCCGACCGGGCUUCCGCCGGCACAUCUGCUGAACGCACCGCCACCACCACCCCCGCCUUCGUCUUAGGGGUAGUACUAAUAUAGAAUUUGUAUUGUGAAAUGAUACGGCGAAAGAAAGUUAAUAUGAAGAAGAACAAAGUGAUUCUUUGACACACGUUUGAACAUCUUGAUGCAAUCGAUACUUUUAAUUGUGGAGAGUCGAGGGUUUAGCUUAGAUUUGGAGACUUUCUGUACAAUAAUUGAGAAAAAUAAAUCAAUAU